AUGGAGACCAGUCAGGAUUCUUCGCUGUUCCUGGUAAAUAUUUUGGAGGAACUCGAUACCAAGCAAAACACCGUUUCCUACCAGGAUCUCUGCAAAUCCUUGUGCGCGCGGUUUGAUUUGUCCCAGCUAGCCAAACUGAGGAGUGUGCUGUUCUACACUGCCUGCCUGGAUCCCAAUUUCCCCGCCACCUUGUUCAAAGACAAAAUGAGAUGCACCGUAAACAACCAGCAAUCCAAAAAGAUCAUGGUUGCGGCGGACAUCGUGACGAUAUUCAAUCUCAUCCAGAUGAACGGGGGCUUGGCCAAGGAAAAACUUCCUGUGGCCCGAGAGAAGGUGAGGAAGAAAGAAUCGAUAGAGUCCUGCCGGUCUGACACCGAAGUCUGUAAUAUGGUGGACUGUGUGCCUAACUGCGAAUUGAGAGACAGAGAAUUUGGAAGAGGGUACUCAGGCAGGAGGUCUUCCAAAUGUAGGAAAGGGGAUUGCAAAGACUGCCCACAAUUCGUACCUGCCUCCGAACCAAAUUUUUUGCUUGGGGUCAAUAAGGAAAUGAAAGGCCGAGCAGCGUCCCUUGACCGGUUGCAAGCCCUAGCGUCGUAUACCAUCACCAGCUCCACCCCCUGUGAAAUGCAGAGCACAUAUUUCCCCAUGAACAUCGAGACGGAGUCCGUCUCCGACCAGGACUCCUUGCCCAUCAGCUCAAGCAUCAAGGAGACUUUCAUUUCAAAUGAUGAACCCUUUGAGAUGCAGUCGUGCAUGCAGAAAAGAAACAUCUUCAAGGAAGACUUCCACAACCUCUUAACUAUUUCUCCAAACGUGAUGUCGCCCACAAGCAAAAGAGAAGAGGAACUUGUAGAACCUCCAAGCAGGAAGGAGACUUCCAAGCAGGCGUUCUUCAAUCACAGUUUUGAAAUGCCGCACAGCAGCCAAUAUUUGAACCCCAUUUAUUCCCCUGUACCGGACAAAAGACGAGUCAAACAUGAAAGUUUAGAUGAUCUCCAAGCAUCUACUUAUUUUGGCCCAACAACCAUCCUCGGACCACAAGAUACUAAAAGGUGGUUGGGAAAACCAAACAAACAAACUCCGUGGCCAGCAAAGAGCUGGAGUCUGAAUACCGAAGAAGUCCCUGAUUUUGAAAGAUCCUUUUUGAACAGGAAGCCAUCAGAAGAGAAACCCCGAUACCAAGGUUCCAACAGCCAGCCUUCCAAUUUCCCAGUUGCUGAGAGGCACCAAUCUUAUCUCGGCCCCAAGGAUCAACCGCCGAUGUUGCAGUCCAGCUACGCCAUGAAACCAAACGGACAUAAACCCAAAGACAUCCCCUCCAUUUUAGAAAUGGAGCAGCACGAACCCAUCAAAAAGUUUAAGGACAAAAGUAUUAACUGCACUUCUGUCCCGCUUCUCAGCAUCGACAGAAUGAGCAGCGUGGGAACGCAGACGGACCAACAUGGGUUGGAGCACAAAAAAUGCAACUCGAAUCAGAACAAAUAUGGCGAGCGACAUUCGCUGAAGCAGUCGGACGACGACUCCGAAAUAGUGAGCGAUGACAUCAGCGACAUCUUCAGGUUUCUGGACGACAUGAGCGUUUGCGGUUCCUCCGGAGUGAUGCAUUCCUCUUGCUACAACAGCACCGGCUCUCUCUCGCAGAUCCACAAAUCGGACUGCGAAAGCUCCCCCGAACACCACUUAGUGAAAAUUUCCCGUGGGAAUUCGGGUACCAAGCUGGACAAGUUGUCUCAGUUGGAGAUGGGCGGCGCGGCAGACGAGGAACUGAAAACCAGCGUCUGCAAGCUGGUGCUGAGGAUUGGGGAAAUCGAAAAGAAACUGGAGUCUCUCUCCAGUGUCAGGGAGGAGAUUUCCCAGGUCUUGGGUAAGCUGAACAAACUGGACCAGAAGAUCCAGCAGCCGGAGAAGGUCAGCGUCCAGCUCGAUCUGAAUUCUCUCACGAGUGAAGUUCAGUCGGAGGAAAGCACCUCCCCAAGGAUGUUUUCAUGUCAUAAUUCUUCGCACGGGGGUAAACUGGACAACAAUCCCGACUGGUGCUGCUCGGACGCCAGUGGCAGCAACAGCGAAAGCCUGCGGGUCAAAGCCUUAAAAAAAAGCUUGUUCACCAGGAGGUCCUCUCGAUCGCUUACGGAGGAGAACAGUGCCACCGAAUCCAAGAUAGCGAGUAUUUCUAACUCCCCAAGAGACUGGCGGGCGAUCACUUAUACCAACCAGGCUGGGAUCACAGAGGAAGAGAUGAAAGACCGAGGCGGGAGCGAAAACAAGGACUGGCACCGGAAAUCCAAAGAGGCAGACCGGCAAUAUGAGAUCCCGCAGCCGCACAGACAUGCCAAGCCGUCCAAAGAUACCUUCUUGAUCGAGCAGGUCUUCAGCUCCCAUUCUUACCCCACGUCGCUCAAGUCGCACAUGAAGAGCAACCCCCUCUACACGGACAUGCGGCUGACUGAACUGGCCGAGGUGAAACGGACGCAGCCGUCCUGGACCAUCGAGGAGUACACCAGAAACUCGGGCGAGAAAGGGAAGCUCACGGCGUUGGACUUACAAACUCAAGAAUCUUUAAAUCCCAACAAUCUGGAAUACUGGAUGGAGGACAUCUAUACGCCGGGCUACGAUUCAUUAUUGAAGCGUAAAGAAGCUGAAUUUAGAAGAGCGAAAGCUUGCAAAAUAGCAGCGUUGAUUGCGGCUGCGGCUUGUACUGUUAUCCUGGUGAUUGUUGUUCCUAUAUGUACUAUGAAAUCAUGA